AUGAAGUUCUUUGAAGUUAUAUCUGUUCUCUGGUGUUGUGUGGUUACAAAUGCAGGUAAUGUGAAGAACUCGUGUAUUUUAUAACAAAAAUAUAUUUCUGUAAGUCGUAAUAUGUAAGGAUAUAAUAAUAUAUUAUCCUAUAUUUAAUAUAUUAGGCCCUAUUGUAUAAUACAUACGGCACGUGGUGUUUUCCAUCAACUAAUCAGCGUCAGACCUUUAUUUUUCUCGCUGGCCUAUUAGGUCAUAUUUAAUGUAUCUUUUUUAUUGGUUCAUGCUAAUUAGAUAAUGAUGUAUUUUGUGGUUGUGACUAUAUUAUUAGAUUGUCAUUGUUGUUAUAUGAAAAUGACAUUUCUCCUCGAACAUUAAUUUUAUUGGGUGCCGGAAGCGAGAGAGUAUUAUUGGGGUUGUCCACAAACUAAAACAAAUAUACGGCUAUAUAGUUGUAUCAAACAUCUUCUUGUAUGUGGUAAAUGUACUUUUGGCAAGUAUGGUAGUAGAUCGUGAUAGAGAUUAUCGAAUUUCCCAAAAUAAAAUGUUUCAAUAAUCUUUGAAAACCCUCUGUGCAAACAACACUUCAAAGACUUCGUAAUUACAUUUAGCAAAGCCAACGGAAAUAAAUAUUGUUGUUAUAUAGUUAGAGUCAAAUUUCAAUUUUUGUGUUUGCCGAUUGGUUAAAACCGUGUCACGUGCCGGUCAACAAAAUGUCAUGUUAGGCAACCGGUCCGCAAUGAAACAUUUAUUGACCGGUCAAUAAUAAAAUGGGUGCAAUACGCAUGCGUGUCAAUCGUGAAGUUCCAAAGUUCAUUUUUUAAAUUUUUUACUAAACACUUACGGCGUUCCAUUUAUCCAGUUUUGGUUUCAAAAUAAGUUCACUCCAAUAACCGGUGAAUUAUUCAUACUUUGACACUUAUAUACUAUAUAACUAAACACUUAUUUACUGAGACCUCGGGAAAGCAGUGUGUUUUGUGGCCCCUCGGCCGCCGUUGUUGCCCGAGGCGAAGCGGUCUCGGGUCCACAAAACACACUGUUUCCCUCGGUCUCAGUAAAUAAGUGAUAAUUAGCUAAUAUUAUUAAAAACCUCAUUCAUAAUUCAUGAGGAAAAGACAAAGGAAAUCACUGCCGUGCCGGUGGUUUUAUAUGUGAUAAAAAAUUAUGUUCAUUUACAUAAACUUUAGCUUUGAUUUUUUCGGCUUCAACAACGUUUAUUUUUGAAAUCAUUUCGUCAAUGAACUCUUUAGUUGGGUCGAAGUCUCGAGCUGCGCUCUCGUGUUUUAUAAUUUAUAUCUGCAUGAUAAAGAACUCCUGCUCGUGUAGUCUGUGUUCUAUAUAAUGUCCGGUCAUAUGUAGCUAUGAAUUUUUCUUUUAUAGAAUCGUUGAAAGAAAAUGCCCGUAUUAUUCGCCCAAGUUCCAUUGCAGUUGCUGAUACUAUGAAUGCAUUUAAAACUCUAGUAUUCAAUUCUCGAAGGAAUUUUGUAAAAAGUCCUUCAUCUGUGAAAGGUAUAGUAACAAUUUCUUUUCGCAGUUGUUGUUGUUGUUGCUGUUGCUGUUGCUGUUGCUGUUGUUGUUGUUGUUGCUGUUGCUGUUGCUGUUGUCGUUGUCGUUGUCGUUGUCGUUGUCGUUGUCGUUGUCGUUGUCGUUGUCGUUGUUUUUGUCGUCGUUGUAUAUCCAAGUACUUUGCAUGGUCUCUUGGUAGGUUGUCUUCUUUAACUGAAUUCACUUUUGUUUCUUUUCUCUUCUAGAAACAAGUAUGACUGUAACCCCUACAACAAUGCAGUUCAAGAAACACAUAGGUAUUGUAUUAUUUACUUUUCACUGCCUAAAGGCACUCGAAAGAACUAUAGACGUAGUUCCGAAAUACCACACACUCGAACAGACAUGGCCUCGUAGUUCAGUUGGCAGAGCAUGGACUAGUAUCCCAUAGGUCGCAGGUUCGAUUCCCAUCGUGGUCAUGCAGGCUAACUUUUCAGCCUGCCCGCGGUGUGGAUAUACACUCAGAGUAACAUAAAAAAAAAACAUAUUCACCUGAGUACAUAACACUUGGGUCAGUGAACAUGACCUUCAAAGUGAAAUAUUCAGGAGUGAAGCCCCGUUUACACCACGCUCAAUGUUUGGUACGGCACGGAUAAAAUUGGCACCCAUACCACUUUUUUGGUUCUUGGACUACCUAUUUAGGUAGUCCAAGGUAUAAAAUUGGACAAAAGGGAUAAAAUUGGUACCCAUACCACUUUUUUGGCUCUUGGACUACCUAUUUAGGUAGUCCAAGGUAUAACGUUGGAUAGAAGGGAUAAAAUUGGUACCCAUACCACUUUUUUGGUUCUUGGACUACCUAUUUAGGUAGUCCAAGAGCCAAAAAAGUGGGACGGGUACCAAUUUUAUCCGUGGCGUAACCAGUGGCGUCAUUCUGGCGUCAGCAAACGUGAAAAUCCGCCAUGUUUUUGGCGACACUUGUUUGACUGAGGAGAGAUAGGAACACCUCCUCCAGUAAUAUAGUAAAGCUCAGUGGGUUUUUUCCGGGUGCUCCAAUUUCCAUAGAAAUUAAGAAGUUGACAUAGUGGGUUAGGAUGAACACAGUUCAGAAAAGUAAUAUCACAAUUGUUGUAAAAGAUAAAUAGUCUAGGCGAAUUGUAUAUUUAGGUAAGCGUAAUUUUUUUAAUUAGUUUUGCCCAUAUAUCAUAACAUAUUUACAAUUUUAUUACUUAAUUAAUAAUAUGGCUAGGGGCCUACCAGAAACCUUAACAGGUUUUUAUUUAAGACCCCUAUAGUUAUAACUACAAUCCUGGACAAAACGUUGUGGACAACCCACAGAAUUUGGCCUCGAAUGGUGUUUUUCUAAAUAAUUAUCCCCCCGCUCCCCCAAGCCAAUGUUGAAUGGGAUUUUUCAUCAAAUAUGAAGUGUGGUUAAGUCGGAUAUGCAACAUUGAAGAUGGGGAGUGGGGGAUGUGCAAGUAAAUUCAAGUUUUAGGUGUUUGUUAUGAUUUUUGCAAAAGUGGAUUAAGUGUCCACAUGAGUUUUGGCCUGGAUUGUAUAUAUGAAAGUAAAAGUUUAUAAAAUACAGUCAACCAAAUUGUUCUUUUAUCGCAUUUUUAAAAAUGAUAUAAGAAGUGAUAUUUUUCAAAUUAGAGUCAAGUUCAUUCCAUAUAUCAACAACUUUAUAAGAAAGAGUGUGCUUUACGUAAUUUGUUCUGUUAUAGAACUUGUGUAGUUGUGUAUUAUUCUAUACAUUUAUAUAUAUUAUUUGUAAUACUUUAUUUAAAGCGCAUUUGAUCAAAUUUGCGCUAUAGAAAUUUUAAUUUCUUGUUAACUGUUUACUCUGUCUAAGGACCAUGCAGACGGAAUGAGGAAUAGCUGGGAAUAUGUUGGGAAGUUGGGAAUUAAAAUAAUAGACCCAUUCUACUUGUGAACGCGCUGUAAACGUCCUUCGUAUUUUAGAGCUUGCGGAAGAUGGUGGUCCCACAUUGGCUUUGAUACUUGGCUGUGUUUUUGCUGCUGUGAUGAUUUUAUUUGUAGUUGGGCUCUUGGUAGUACUAUGCAAGUACAAAAAGGGCAAAAAUAAAUCCUACGUAAGUCAGACAAUAUCAUCCUUUGUCUUUAAAGCGUAGUUGACACUAGCGAUUGUGCCGGUUUGCCAUUUUUUGUUUCUGAAGCUGGGUGCGAAUGAAUCAACUCGAUCAGAUCGCGGCAUACGAUAAUAAUAUAAACUUAAUGUCUGCUCACGAGUGAAAUAGAUUUGUUUUCCUGAGUGUUUCAAUGUUUCUCGGGGCGACGUCGAAACAAUAAAAUAUUUAUAUUAUUAAUAGUGAAUUUUAAUAGCGGUCCCAUCAAACCGAAAUACAAAUUGAGUCAUCAAAACAAAGCAAAUCAUCGUCAGUCUUUAAUAUAGCUUUGGCUUGAGCCCCAGCAACGAAAAGAAUCGCAUCUCGUAAUCCUCCGGUCUAAAAUGAUCCGACCAUAUAGUCGAAGUCUAGCUUGACGGCACAAACAACCGCUUUGCGGAUACAAAAUCAACCCAUACUUUUCUUCGUUUUUUCGCAUUCCAUCUUUUAAACAUGCUUUAUUGGUACAGUUAGCUGCAACACAGUAAAAAGGCAUAUCUUUUUCGAUCAAGUCGAAUAAUAGAAUACGUCGACUCACUUGCGUGACGUAACAAAAAUCGCUCGUUCCAGUUUCUUUCGAACACGAACAUCUGCCAACCAAAAGCCCAAAUUUGCGUGUUCAAACGGCUCUAAAAAUUUUUCGUUUGGAUAAAAUCGAAAAAUUCUUUAGCUAGAACACUAUACUAAAUGAGUACUUUCCAUAAAUCUGUUUUUAAAAUUUAAUUUAGGGCUAUCAGUAUCAGCGUAUUGGUGAUGAUGAUCCACAUCUGGCAGAGGUAUGAUUAGGACAAUUUUAACGUUGACACUGAUAUGACUGGACAAGAACGUCAGCUGAACUUAAAGAGUAAUUGUGAUUUGAAAAAGUCACUGAAAAUGUUUUCAUCUGAUAUUGACCACGACUAUAUAUUUGGCAAAGCUUUUGAUUCUAAUACUUGAAUUUUAUCAAUAAAAAUAUAAGACAAGAGAUUGUCAAGAGUUCUAUUCGCAGCACCUUUUAUACAAAGUAUUAAGUUUACUUGGAAUUUUACCCGCACGUACAACCCUUUGAAGCCACUGCUAGUUAUGUCAUGCGCGUUUAAAGGGGGGGGGGCGAGGCUUAUGAAAUGAUUGGUGGGGGGAGUUAUUAAUUUAUUCAAAAUCAAGUUAUCGACACGGAAAACUGCAAAGAUCUUAUAUGACUUCAUUCUUUAGAAAGCCACAAAGCCUGUAAUUGCAAAAUCGAUGUUCACUAGUAAGUAAUUUUGUAUAUAGUGUGUACACGACGUCCUUCAUGGUCCUUUAGUUGAUGAAGAUAAAGUUUUACCUACCAACCUUGAUCAAAUCAGUUUUCUUGUCGAUUUCUGGCCACUUUUCAAAGAGCGGUUCCAAUGCAAACUUGUUUCUAUAAACUUUCCCACUUACGGUGCUUAUUUACUAACUGAGGCAACUUGAGAAGUUGUCAUUGGAAUGUUAGAGAGUUUAAUUUCGGCUUCCAAUACCAAUACUGAUACCGAUGUUUUCACUUCCGUUCUCAUUUUGGCACCGGGAAUUUUAAAGCGUUAAGUUAUCACGACAGAUAAAGUAUAGAACACAUUAAUCGUCGCCGAAAAUGUGCGGUAUACUAAACGGCAGCUGAGCUAAAAUUCCGACUAAAACAUGACUCAGGCGAUGCUAAUAAACAAAUAUUUUACAUGUUUAUCGUAAAAAUUAUGAAAUAUCCGAUUUAUAUGAGUUUAUCUUACAAUUUCCCCGACUUCCAAUGCAAGGCCGACUUCGGUAGUGGUGACUUCCAAAACACUUGUCCUCGUGCUUCUUGCAAGCAGAGAGCAUGCGCGUGACAUCUUGUUAGUAUCGGUAUUGGUAUCGGAAGUCGAACUUUUAAGUCUUAAAAACUCUCUUCGAACUUAAAAACUCUCUAUUCCAAACUAAGAAACGUAUACUUAGGAAUAUUCACAACAAACUUGGGAAUCGCGCUGUGAAAAGUGACGUGAAAUCGCCACAAAUAAUAUUAUAUGUAUAUAAUGUGUUCUUAUGACCAUCUGCUGUUUAUCUCAUUCCAGCUCCUUCAAAGUGUCUAGGCCUGGUAAAGAAAAUCAUCACCGCCGAUGGGGGUGUUAUAGCUAUCGAGGACAUUAUACUCAAGAUAGGUCCCGGAUGUCUGGCUAAGGACACAGAAAUUACGUUGAGAAAUAGUGAUAAGGAUAUUGCUAUCAAAUCGCUGCUUGACUUAGGUCUGGUCGUUGCUGCCCCACGUGUUGUAGAAUUCCUCCCAGACGGCUUAAAAUUCUUGAAACCAGCCGAUCUCACAAUCACAUUUCAAAACACUGUCUCUAAUACUGAACUUUUUGUCCUACAUGGCUCUUACAACCCUGUACAUCAGAGGAUUGUUUGGGAACUGGUAACUAAUGGUACUGAAGAACGCAAUGUGGAAAGGGUUUGUAACACAAAAAUCAACAGCUUCUGUUUUAAAAUGUUUAUUUUGGCGACGCGCGGAAAGCUAGCUCGGAUCUUGAGCCAUCUCAAUCACUCAUUCACAUGCCGUGCAUACGCCUUCUAUCGUAGACUACCUACGUUGGAUACUAUAGAUAUUUCGGUUGUCAUGUUGAGUGAAUUUGUUGACAAGAAUGAAGAAGAAGACAUUGAACAAUUAAAAGAUCAUCUCAAAGCUGGUUACGUUAAAGGAGAAAAAGGAAUGUUGAAGCGUAUCUACACAGAUCGUCGUCUCGAAAUGAGUUUACAUUUUCCUGGAGUCGAAAACACUUCUUUCUCGUUCAUUGUCGAUCAGCCUCAACUGGAUUCUGUGGGUUUCGUUAUCGAUCAUUUUAAAAAAAUUGCAAUAACGAGUCCGGCAAGUGGAGAAGUGAAGAUAAGCGAAGUACGUCGCGGACGAAAGUGUAAGGACGAAAAUGAACCAUUGUGGAGGAUGAAUAUUCGUGAGACGCAAGAGAAAAUUGGAGUUGAAGUAGCUGAAGGUAAUUUAAAAUUUAGCUGUCUUGUUUUGAAAAGUAUGAGACAUUGUGUAUCGUUGUUUUUUACUUAUACAGUUAACUUAGCCAUCGAGUUCGGGAAAAUGCACGUCAGACACCGCAUACUAUUAGAAACAUGAGCAACAGAAAGAGUUCUUUUUAUUUUCGAUCAGACUUUAUCUUAUUUAUCUCUACUUUGAUAAGUAGAGAUUUCGAAAUCCUUAAUCCUGUCAGAGUUGCCAGAUUCCUGAUCUGGUCGGUGAGGGUUCGAGUCGGUCAGAUUUCUGCUGACUUAUGAAGUGGGCGCCCUAGUAAUCCUUGAGUGAUAGUCAGAUUCAUGACAAUCGUUCAGCUGAAAUAAAUGUCCUACAACGUUAAAAAAUUCUUUGCUGGUUUUAUCUUAAGUAGAAAAUUUUUCAUUUGGCCAGCAGGAUAAGUACCUUUCCAACCCUUGACAGUACCUAAAGUUCGGUUGCAAUCAGUGGCGAGCUAGCCGUAGCAACAGGUCAUGCUAUGCAACUUUUUAAUGAUUUACAUUAUUUAAACCUUUCGAAAUGUAGUGUCUUUAACCUAUUUAAAUGCAGGUUUAUUAGCAUAGCAUGACCAGUUGCCAUGGCUAUAUAGCUUCGCCACUGCAUGGUUGCAAUAUAUGAAAAAUACGGUUAAAGAACUGUAACACAUCAAUAGCUUUACUAGAGAAUUUUUACUUAAAGAACUUCCAUUUUAAGUGAUACAGUUAAACACUUUAAAUACUUUUCUGUCCGUAACGUCCUCUUACUAUUUUAUACUUUGUGGUAAUUUUGUAUAGGGCGGCCUAGUGCAUGUCAGUUUGGUCUAAUGAUUGAGGGCCACUAGGUAGAACACUAUAGUAAUGUAAUAAUGUUACCCUCUUGAAAUAAAGUAUCUUAUCUUAUACGUCACAGUGGCCAUGUUGAUAGACCAAAGUGCUACAGCUAGAACUAAAUCUUUUAUUUUCGAUACUUUCAUUUGCUUAUCCAGAAAAAUAUCCGUAGAAUUUUGGAAAAAAUCCGUAGAAUUAUUAUGUAUUAUCGUCAUUCUGAACCGAUUAAAUCAUCGCUUGAAUUUUUUGGAUCAUUAUAUAAAUGAAGUUACAUAAUGUAAUACAUUGUAUAUGUGACAAAGAAUAUAUUAUUAUGUACUGCAUUGUAUUAUUGCAUUUUUUUCAUGCUAUUGUACUAUAUUUAUACUGUAUUUCUUAUUUUUAUUUUAGUACAAUACUCGGCGUCAAACCCGCAACCAGAAGGUACAUCAGACGUUUUAUCUGGACGAAUAAAUGUGGCAUGAUUCCUGGAAAAUCUUAAAUUUUUUUCAAAUUCCAUAGAUCCUCUAUUAAGCCCUCUCCUCGCGUGACUUAUUUAUUACAGCCGUAGAUAGGAGGCUUAAAGGGAAGGAUGGCUUGUUAAAUUUUUCCUCACAAGAUUUGUUUGAAAGGGACUUUGACAAAACGUUUUACGCUAAGUAUGAUAUUAUUGCACAUGCACCAUAGUAAAAAACCUUUGUUUCCAAUUUCUAGUUGUGUAUCGGACCACAAAGCUCACAAAAGAAGAAAUAACUCAAAUGAGCCCCAUAGUUGGAGUAGAUUGGGACAGCCUAGCUGGGCUCAUGGAUAUUCCGUAUUCUGAACGAGAGGAAAUCAGAGUCGACUACGGGAAUCUUCUGAGCAUUUCAUCGAAAGCUAAAAAAGUUUUCGAGCUUUUUAAUGACAGCACUGCUUUCGAUCGUCAUAUUCUUGUAAAAUACUUCAAAGAACUGGGUCGACACGAUUUGGAAAAAGAAAUGCUCCCUGUGGAAGACCAGGUAUUUCAUAAUUAUAUUUAGAAUUUUCUUUCUAUCACGGUCCAAAUAUCACUUGAACUCAAUAUAUUUACCCUGUACUUUCCAACAUAAUGUAAUGGUAUAAAUACAGUGCAUGUUUUCCUGAAAAUGGCGUCUUCUUUUUCUGGAUGGAACGUUUCAUAUGGUCGACUUCUGGUGAAGAAAUGGUAUGCAUAAUUGUGACAGCAAACGAGAAUUUCCAAUCACACUUCCCCGUCCUACUGUCCACGAUUUCAAACGAGACGGGUUUUUGAUGUUUAUUAAUGGUAAUCGAGCAAUGAAAUAUUGUUUUCUCUACACAGAAUGGAAGUGAAGAAGUAGAAACGCCGCCAUCGCUACCCGAAACCACUGGCGAAGAUUUACCACACACACCUCUCUCCCCACGUGAAAUGUCCAGACUUGGCCGACGCAUUGUGGUCGAGUGGGAUCGCCUCGCCGGUCUUAUGGACAUACCCAAAGCAAAAAGAGAUGAUAUUCGGUAUAGCCUGAUAUACAAUGAUAGUCGUUCUCGAGCAGAAAAAAUUUUAGCCAUUUUCAACAACAAGGAAGGCUUCUCGCGUGAAAAGCUAGCUCGCUGCUUAAAAGAAAUUCAACAGUUAGACUUGAUCAAACCAGUUACAACAGGGGAGUGGAGAAACUUAUGA